AUGUUCCUUUCUACUGCCGGCUCGAUUCCAGUUCUGAUGGGACUAGUGUCCACAACGAUCUACCCCUCCAGUGACCUGCACGUGGUGGUUUCGCUUGUUGUCGGUUUCGUCAUCCUGAUCCUCUUCGCCCUGUGGAAGACGUACGGUGUGACAAAUAUGUUCUACUACUCCAGCCGUAUUCUCUGGCCUACGAUGAUCAACGUCUUCUACACGGAUAAUGGAGUAAACUGGAUCUACGCCAGUGUGUUAUCGAUGGUGCAGGGCCUCGCAAUUACCCCGGGCGGCACAUACUGGCGAUUUUCAGACGUCGAAUCCGGCAUGGGCACUGACAGAUGGGCGGAACUGUUACAGUCACGGACAGUGGAGAAUAAAGUCGGUGAAUACGUCCCAGCCGCUGUCAAAGCCACCAGAUUUACGGCAUCUCGCAUCGAUGAUCUUCUCUGUGCUCUUGGGAAACCCCAUCUCGAUCGUACAUUCCCUGCACUUGUGGCAGCAGCCGCGACACGCGCAUGGCAGUGA